AUGGCUGAAGUUAAACCAGAAAUCAAGAGACAUAUCUCUGACGAGUUUGAGGACUUACACGAUGACAAGAAGCAACACUUUACGAAGCCCGGUCGUAAGCCAAUAGACACAGAGCCAAAGUCCAAGAGGACCGCUCAGAAUAGAGCUGCUCAAAGAGCAUACAGGGAGAGAAAGGAAAAGAGAAUGAAGGAGUUGGAAGACAAGGUUAAGUCAUUGGAAGAUGAAAAUGUUCAGGUGACCACGGAGUCUGAUUUCUUGAAGGCACAGGUUGAUUUAUUGAAGAAUGAAUUGUCGCGUUACAGAGGCCAGUCGGACUUUCUGGACAUCAAUUUGCCUACUAAGGUAGGUCACUUGUCGAACCCAAAGCAGAAGAAUUCCAGCGUGAGCUCGUCGCUUAGCAGUGGAAGUAGUAAUAAUAACGUAUCUGUGGACUUCCCGUGGAGUGCUAAGAACUUGAAUAGCCAGAAGUUGUACAUGCUGAACUUGCCUGACUUGGUUGGCGGUGCUUCUAGAACGACUGGAAGUUCAACUUCAUCUUCAUAUCUGCCAUUGGACAACAAUCUUGGUUCAACUCAUGGAGGUGCUAACGGCUUAGUCUCGCCAGAAUCAUCAUCAUCUAACUCAAAUCCAAAUACCGUAGAUUCUAACCAAUAUGACGGGUUUGACUUUGGAAUCAAAUUUGAAGAAGAAGCUGAUCCAUUUUGUGAGAAGUUGAAUGAAGCUUGCGGAAGUAAGGAGUGUCCAGUUCCAAAGUACAAGGCCCCAUCUAUCCAAUCUAUCCCAACUACAGCUAGUAAUGAUUCACCAUUCUCAACUUUGAUUGAGAAUGUUAACCACAAUAAUCAUAACUCGUCUUUAUCGAGCAACAGCGUUCACAACUACAGCACCAAUGACAAUAACAAGACAUCUGACAAUAAUAAUACUGACCUCAUGAAUGAUCCAUUUUUCAAUGGUGAAUCUGCUGACUACAAUUUCCCAAUACCUAAGAACACCGAUGGAAGCAACGACCCAUUGUCGUUCUUGAAUGAUAAUGAUAACUUUGACAUAUCGUUGGCGUUCGGUGAGAAUUAUAAUACAAAUAAUAGUCCUGGAUUCGACCCGAUUUCUCUCUUGACUACCGAAGAAUCAGUAUAUGAUCCUUUCAAGGAAUUGGACAGCAAGAAGAAGCAAUCGGUGUCUUCCGCCUCUGCAGGAGCCAAUUCAUUCGAUUUCAAUGAAUACGUUCAAACAAACUCUUCAACAGGUGGAAGUAGCAAGCCUACAGUUGCUUCAUUAUCUCCAGAUGUUAACUCACCAGGUGAUGACGAUGAUGACAACGAAGUAGUACCUGCACCAGAAGAAACAGUAAGAUGUUCAGAAAUUUGGGACAGAAUAACGUCGCAUCCAAAGUACACUGAAAUUGAUAUCGACAGUUUAUGUAACGAAUUAAAGAGUAAGGCAAAGUGUUCCGAAAAGGGUGUUGUGAUAAAUUCCAGUGAUGUUAAUAAGUUAUUGGAGCAAUCCGUUUCUAGACACUAA